CCUGAUUUGCUCCUUUUUUCCUCUUCAUUCGCCCUAGGUUUCCUUCUCUCGUUCUCCCUCUCUCAAAUUUCUCCUCUUCCGCUCUGUUCUCCCAACCGUCCGGCUGACAUUCCCGGCCGCCGCACGCAGCUGAAGAAGGAUACCACGGGAGAGUAAAAGAAAAAAAUGGCCGCUCCCGAAGCCCCUCUCAACUACGUCGGCGUAGCCCGAAAGUCCGCCGCCUUCCGGCUCAUGAAACAAAUGGGAUGGGAAGAAGGAGAGGGUCUGGGAAAAGAUAAGCAGGGGAUCAAGGGUCAUGUUAGGGUCAAGAACAAGCAGGAUACUGCUGGUGUUGGAGUGGAGAAGCCAAAUCCUUGGGCUUUUGAUACUACCCAAUUCGAUAGUAUCUUGAAGAGAUUGAAAGUGCAAGCGGUGCAGAACACUGAUGCAGGUAUGGCGACAAGGGCUAUUGCGAUAGAUAGCGAAGAAGAGAAACCUGAGGAUAAGGCUGUUUCUACAGAGGUUCAAGAGCCGGUUGCAAAAGCUACUCGACCACAAAGAAGAUACAAGAAGAGAGAGAGAGGUAAGCUUGUCACUGCCUAUUCUUUGAAGGAUUUGGAAGGGAUUCUUGUAAGUUCUGCACCUUGGACAAUAGUUAGAAAGACUGAGGAGUCAACAAUUCCUGAUGAAUUGGACUCUGCGGAAGAUCCAGCUUCCCAAAUCUAUAACCCUUCAGAGGCAGAGAUUGUAGAGCCUCCUCCGGACUGGUGGGGCUACAAAAUUGGGUUCGUCUGUGGUGGUCUUCUUGGAGCUCGUUCUACCAAGAAGAAAUCAUCCCAAAAUGGAGAUGCUCAAAAUCAUAAAGAGAGAACUGCUUUCCAUGAAGAAGAUCAAGAGAAUCUCUACAAUCUUGUGCAAGAUAAUGCCACGUCUGGGAAACAAGGACUGGGGAUUAAGAGCAGGCCAAAGAAGAUAGCAGGUGUCCGCUUUCAGGGGAAAAAGAAAUCCUUUGGUGGCAGUGAGGAUGAUGAUUCUGCUGAUGAUGGCGAGGACUCUGCUGAAUAUGACUCCACAGCAGAGGAAAUGGAAACUGUUAAUGAUAAGAUUUCUACUGACUUGGAUUCCACAAGGAAAAGGAAAUAUGAUGAGACGCUAUCAGGUGUAGAUGGUGAAGUGCAAAAGGUUAACCUGAAAAAGCUGUGUAAACGGCUACUACAGCAGGUGCCUGGAGAAUCGAUGAAGCUAAAAAAGCUUAAGGUUCUUGUUGAUGAGCACUCGUCCUCUGCUUUCUCGAACUUCUCUUCGAAAAAAGAUGCCCUUGCUCACUUAAAGCAGAAGCUGGAAGGUAGUGGGAAGUUUGCGGUUGAUGGUAAGAGAGUAAGCCUCUCUUCGAGAAGCGGCUGAAGAAGUUUUGGUUGAUUUUUGUAUCUACCGGAGAUUGAGAUUGUAUACCGGAGCUGGAUCUUGUCGAUGAAGUAAUCAUGUUUUGCAUCAAGGUCUAGGUCAUAUUAAGUGUUAGUAAAGGAAAUUUUGUUGGUCACUGCUACAUUAGCAUUAUUUGGUAAUGUAACUCAAAUUAAAGGAGGAAAAAUGAGUUUUUUCUUCUUUAGAUUUGCAUUGCAGAUCAACUAUAGUGAGAAAAGGUUGUCCCGCAUUGUACGGAAUAAGAUGCCAGACGAUUAUAUUAUCCAUGUAUUGAAAUCUACUUAUUCUGCUAUGGUCUGCCAACUGUAUGGCUUGAAUUCAUUCAGAAUUUGGUAUUGGAGCUAGAGUUCUGCUGUUAACUUACCCGAAAGAGUGCUCCUCUGCUAGAUGUAGUUAGCUUGAACAAUCUUUUUGGCGAUGUACUUUCCUAGGAAAUCAUAACCAUGAUAGAACAGUG